GUGCUACGUCACUUGUCAUGUGACUAGAGUGUUCCACGACCAAGAUGGCGGCCAAGCGGAUCGCGAAGCGGCACGGAACUUAGCAGACAAGAUGGCUUGGACUGCGCAUUAAACUCCAGGAAUCAACAAAUACACUAGUCUCGAUAUUCAACUGCUUUAAAAAAUGUACGAGAGCACACGGACCAAGAAUAUGUUUCUUACGCGAGCACUGGAGAAAAUUCUUCAUGACAAGGAGGCCAAGAAAUCGUACAAUUCUCAGUUGAGAAAAGCCUGCGAAGUUGCAUUGAAGGAAAUCAGCAGCACCCAAGGAACAGUUGCACCAGAUUACAUUGAUAAUUCUUCAUCUGCACUUCCCCCACCCAAAGGGUUACUACCAUUUGUCGAAGCUGAGAAGUACUUGCUCCCAUUUGAACUGGCUUGCCAAUCGAAAUGUCCUCGGAUUGUCACAACCUCUCUGGAUUGCUUACAGAAACUUAUUGCUUAUGGACAUUUAGCUGGGGAUAUUCCAGACGCCACAGAACCAGGAAAGAGAUUGAUUGAUAGAAUCAUAGAAACAAUAUGCAGUUGCUUUAUUGGAGUUCAGACUGAUGAGGGGAUCCAACUUCAAAUAAUAAAGGCCCUGUUGACGGCAGUUACCUCCAACACAUGUGAGGUUCAUGAGGGAACACUUCUUCAAGCAGUGCGCACUUGCUACAAUAUUUAUCUUGCAAGCCGUAACCUGAUCAAUCAAACAACAGCCAAGGCAACUCUGAGUCAGAUGAUUAGCGUCAUAUUCCAGAGAAUGGAGGCGCAAGCUGCACUAGAAGAAGAAGAGGAAGCCACAAAACAAGCAGACUCUGCAAGCAAUGACACAGACUCUAUCUCUAGGGGUGAUGACCAGGAGAAGCCAGAAGAUAAUUCAGAAACAAUUUCAAAUCACAGCACACAAGACGCUAUCAAUUCUGAACCUGAAAAAGGAAUGCAGUCCACAGGUGAAUUAUCAGAUCAGUUAUCGGAAACAAGUGGUGGCCAACCCAUCCAGACAGAGCAGCCAUUACAAGUUGAUGAGACAAAUAAGGAAGAUGUUCCCCAAGAGGCCAGGGAUCAGGAUGAGGAUGAGGGUGUGGAUUUACAAGCUGAUGAGCAAAUAGAAGAUAGUAAAGAUCAGAAUGGCGAAGAUGCUCCCGCAAACGUAGACAGUGCAAAGUCAGCACCCUCAGAGACGACAAGUGGUAAUGCCUCCAGUGAACCAGAUGAUGUGCAUAGUGCUGUAGCAGUUAAGAAAGAUGCCAUUGUCGAGGAUGACGCUCCAUCCAUAAAAGGUCCGGUUGUGACUGAACAAGAUGCUGGACAGGGAAAUGAUAGCAAAGAAGGUACAGAAGAAGAGAGUGCAACUGGAGAAAAAGAGCAAGUUGAGCAGAAUUCUACUACCAAGGAAAAGACAGAGAAUGAUUCUUCAGUACAUGAAGACGACCCAAACUCUUGCACAGCAGAAUCAACACAGUCUUCAGCUGGAGAUGUCAAAGAGACAGAAGAAGUCCAAUAUGCCCAAGCUCAAAACAGCGGUCACGCUGAAAACAUUACCUCUUCCUUAUCUGAACCCCCAGGGGAGAGCACCUCUCACAUGUCUGAACAUCCUGAACAGGACACUGAACAAGCCAAGGAUGCCACCUCUAACUCGGCUGAACACCCAGAAGAUCCCUCCUCUCAAUCAGCUGAACACCCUGAGGAUCACUCCCCUCACUCAGCUGCUUCAGUAGAGAACAGCUCCUCGUCACAACACCUAGAGCAUAACUCUACUACGCACGAUGAUAACCAGUCUGUUUCAUCACACAUUAGUGACCAUGACCACGAUCAUGAGGAGGGCAAGGGGGAUGGGCGAGGCACUGAUGGGCACCCGGGGGGACCUGUCAAGUUCUCACAUGUAACACAGAAGGAUGCAUUCCUUGUGUUCAGGUCUCUGUGCAAGUUAUCCAUGAAGCCCCUAGCUGAUGGUCCUCUGGAUCCCAAGUCUCAUGAGCUACGAUCCAAGAUCUUAUCCCUGGAGCUUCUGCUGUCUUGUCUACAGAAUGCAGGUCCCGUGUUCUGUAAUCAUGAGAUGUUUAUCACUGCCAUUAAGCAGUACCUGUGUGUGGCCCUGUCAAAAAAUGGAGUCUCUUCUGUACCUUCCGUGUUUGAGCUGUCACUUGCCAUAUUCCUAACUCUAUUAUCUUCCUUCAAGACCCAUCUGAAAAUGCAGAUUGAGGUAUUCUUCAAGGAGAUUUUCCUGAACAUCCUUGAGACAUCCAGCAGCUCAUUCCAGCAUAAGUGGAUGGUCAUGCAGGCUCUGACGAGAAUCUGCUCAGAUGCACAGUGCGUCGUCGACAUCUACCUGAACUAUGACUGUGACCUGUCACUCUCCAAUAUAUUUGAGCGACUUACAAGUGACUUAUCCAAGAUUGCACAGGGAAGACAGGCUAUUGAGCUAGGCGCAACACCAGUUCAAGAGAAAAGCAUGCGCAUCAAGGGCCUUGAGUGUCUGGUUUCUAUCCUCAAGUGCUUGGUCGAGUGGAGUAGAGAGCUCUACAUCAAUCCCAACUCACAAGUUGCUGUUGGAGAUACCCCAAGUGUGAAGAGGAAGGGUAGUAUGAAUGAGCCCGACACAGAAGACAAAGACUCCACCAGUGGCAGUAGCGGCCUGGGCAGUGAGCUGAAGUCCUUUGGCGGCAGUCAGGGAUCGCUUAACUCCAAUUCUGCUGCUUCAGGCAUCACCCCAGAUAACCCUGAACAGUUUGAGUCCCUUAAACAGAUGAAGGGACUGAUGGAGCAGGGAAUUGCUAAAUUCAAUAAAAAUCCCAAGAAAGGUAUGAAGUUCUUACAAGAGAAUGGUCUACUUGGGAUGUCUGCAGGUGAAGUUGCUGAGUUCCUGCAUGGGGAUGAACGCCUUGAUAAGAUGCAAAUCGGAGAACUAAUCGGAGAUAAUGAUGAUUUCAGCAAGCAAGUGAUGUAUGAAUAUGUAGAUAAGCUAGACUUUACGGACAUGGAGUUCGUAAGUUCUCUGCGACUCUUCCUUACCAACUUCCGGCUGCCUGGAGAAGCCCAGAAAAUUGACAGGCUGAUGGAGAAGUUUGCAAGCAGAUACUUUGACACGAAUCCAAACAACUCCGUAUUUGCAAGUGCAGAUGCCGCAUAUGUUCUUGCCUACUCCAUUAUUAUGUUGACCACAGAUCUGCACAACCCUCAGGUCAAACGGAAGAUUACUAAGGAGCAGUACUGCUCUAUGAACCGCGGAAUCAACGACAGCAAAGAUCUGCCUCAGGAAUACUUGGAGGGUAUCUAUGACGAGAUUCAGCAUAACGAGAUCAAGAUGAGGACGGCACCGAAAUCUGCCAACAGAUACUCUACAAUUUACUUGCAGAACGAGAAGAGCCGCCGCAUGUUGUAUUACCAGGAGAUGGAACAGAUGGCUCAAACGGCCAAGUCACUGAUUGAGGGAGUUAGCCACGUUCAGACAACAUUCACUAGUGCCACACAUGUGGAGCAUGUCAGACCUAUGUUCAAGGUUGCGUGGACCCCAUUCCUUGCAGCGUUCAGUGUGAACCUUCAACACUGUGACGAUCCACAAGUUGCCUCGCUUUGUCUUGAUGGUAUCAGAUGCGCCAUUCGUAUAGCAUGUAUCUUCGGUAUGCAGCUCGAGCGUGACAGUUUCGUACAGGCGCUGUCUCGCUUCACCCUUCUGACAGCCUCGUCAAGCCUUCACGAGAUGAAAACCAAAAACAUUGACACAAUCAAAACCUUGAUUACCGUGGCGCAGACAGAUGGCAACUACCUAGGACACUCUUGGCAUGAGAUUCUGAAGUGUAUAUCGCAGCUUGAGCUGGCUCAGCUGAUAGGUACAGGAGUCAAGACCAUGGGAGCGUCCACAUCAUCUAGCGCCCACUCAACGCACAAUAGCAAGCCCGUAUCUGCUGCUGCUGUAGCACACAGUCUAUCCACGCCCUCUCAGGAAUACGUGUCAGCAGACCCCAAGAGACUGGCCAGCGUACAGGAGACCGUUGGAGAGACAAGCUCACAGAGCGUGGUGGUAGCUGUAGACAGGAUCUUCACGGGAUCAACCAAACUCGAUGGGGAGGCUAUAGUUGACUUUGUCCAGGCGCUGUGCAUGGUGUCAUCAGAAGAACUCUCAAGCCACGCCCACCCGCGUAUGUUCUGCUUGACAAAACUGGUGGAGAUCUCGUACUACAAUAUGGGGCGUAUUCGAAUAGAGUGGUCUCACAUAUGGGCGGUGUUGGGAGAACACUUUAACAAGUGUGGGUGUAAUCCAAAUGAAGAUGUUUCAUUUUUCUGUGUCGACUCGCUGCGCCAACUAUCCAUGAAGUUCCUAGAGAAGGGAGAGCUGCCAAACUUCCGUUUCCAGAAAGACUUUUUGCGGCCUUUUGAACAUAUCAUGAAGAAAAAUAGAUCCGCUACGAUCCGCGAUAUGGUCGUCCGCUGUGUAGCCAACAUGGUGCACUCGCAGGCUCAUAAUAUCAAGUCCGGCUGGAAAAAUGUGUUUUCCGUGUUCCACUUGGCGGCUUCUGAUGUGGAUGAGGGGAUUGUGGAGCUCGCCUUCCAGACCACAGCGACCAUCUUUGAGAAGUAUUUCUCUGCGACAAUCGACUCGUUCCAGGACGCGGUCAAAUGCCUGUCGGAAUUCGCUUGUAAUGCGUCCUUCCCGGACACAAGUAUGGAGGCCAUUAGACUUAUCAGAAACUGUGCUAAAUACGUCUACGAGAACCCGGAGAUGUUCAAGGAUCAUAGCAGCGAAGAUGGAGUCGUUUCCGAGGCCGAUAGGGUCUGGGUCAAAGGCUGGUUCCCAGUUCUCUUUGAGUUGUCUUGUAUAAUUAACCGCUGUAAGCUGGAUGUGAGAACAAGGAGUCUAACGGUGAUGUUUGAGAUCAUGAAGAACUAUGGACACACGUUCCCGAAGCACUGGUGGCGGGACGUGUUCAGGGUUGUAUUCAGAAUCUUCGAUAACAUGAAGCUUCCUGAUCAGCAAGUCGACUGGGCUGAGAAGGCGGAAUGGAUGACAACCACGUGUAACCAUGCCCUUUACGCUGUUAUCGACGUGUUCACGCAGUACUUUGAUGUGUUGUCGGACGUGCUGCUAGACGACAUGUUUGUACAUCUCCUGUGGUGUGUCCAACAAGAUAACGAGCAGCUAGCCCGGUCAGGCACAAACUGUCUCGAGUUGCUUGUUGUAUCGAAUGGGAAGAGCUUUACCCCGGAAAUGUGGGAGAAGACUUGUACGUGUAUCAAAGAUAUAUUCAAAUCCACGCUGCCCCAAGAACUCCUGACCUGGAGACCUGACAUGUACACGAUGAACGCGCACGACCACACGCCCUCGCAUAGUCCAACCCAGACAAAGUUCUCAGACCACGAGCUGCGACCAGAGCACGACAUCGUUCCUCGUCACCCUGAUGAUGACAACUACAAGGGAGACGAGCAUCAGGACUCGGAGCGCGAUGACAUUAGUGUUAGCAGCCUUCCUAUGGUCAAGUUCGAACCUACAGACACUAAUCACGCACACCAACAACGCUCGUCGGCAGAGGAGCUGUUCACCGCGCUGCUAAUCAAGUGUGUUGUGCAGCUGGAGCUCAUCCAGACCAUCGACAAUGUCGUCUUCUUCCCAGCCACCAGUAAAAAAGAGGACGCAGAGAACUGGGAUGCAGCUAGGAAUGACCACUUCUUUCGCUCCCGCCAAGAUAGCUCGCUGCAGAUGAGUGACGGCAUGUUCCAGUUCCUCAGCUCGGAGCAGCUCUUUCUGUUCAUUGGGUGUCUUGAGGACUCGCACACAUUCGCCAAGUUAUUCAAUUCCAACAACGAACAGCGUACCUUCCUCAUGAAAGCAGGUUUCAAGGGUCGAUCCAAACCCAACCUUCUGAAGCAAGAGACGUCCAGUCUUGCCUGCCUUCUUAGAAUACUUUUCCACAUGUACCUUGAUAACACUCGCCAGGACGCAUGGCCAGCAGUGGAAGAGAUGACCAUUCGGAUAUGUAAAGAGUCUCUCAUGUACUAUCUAUCUUUGGAGUCGUCCAGUCACCGUGAGGCGUGGACGUCGUUAUUGCUACUCUUCCUCAGUCGGAUUCUACGUCUAGAUGAUGAAAGGUUCAAAAUCCAUGCCAGCACGUACUAUCCUUUACUUUGCGACAUGCUACUUCUUGACAGCAAGGUGGAGCUAAGGUCCGUCCUCAGGGCAGUCUUCCAGAGGAUAGGCCCUACAUUCGGAAUUUGCCAAAUACCUGCGCAUUCAAGUUGACCUGCGCGUAGUCCUCUUCCUGAUUGAUGAAAAUCCUGACAUAACCAGAUUCCUAGUAGUGCCAGUAAAUCCAUGUCUGGGGCGUGAAUAUGUCCUGCCAUAUGACCCAGCCCUAUUAUCUGCGGCGUCAGCCAUAUCAAAUGGAAUUAUACCCAUCCCCAAGUCCUUGGCAAACCAGCAAGCCCAGAACACCAGCCACCUCGAAUAACAAAUAAUAAUGAUAAGCAAUGCCAAAGUCCAGGAAUUGCCAGCAAGUGUUUGCCACUCUGAUAUGCCAAAUGCAUAGCAAUGCCGUAGUUCAGGACAUCUCAACAAGGAUGUGCAUGGCAAUGCCGUACUCGAGGACAUCUCGGCGAGUAACUACCAAUUCCAUAUACCAAAUGCAUAGUUAUGCAGUAGUUAAUGACAUUUCAGCGAGUACCCACUACUGCCAUGUACCGAAUCCUUAGGAAUGCCGUAGUCCAGGACAUCUCAACGAGUGCCAGCCUCAUACCAUAUACGCAUCCUAAGUCCAGUCAUUGUCAGCUUCAACAUACUGUAUGCAUAGCAAAGCCAUACACGCAAUGCCCAAGUCCAGGAUAUGCCAGCGAGUGUUGGCCCCAUACCCAAAUACAUAUUGUGACACUAUCACCUUUCAUUUGGCAAGCAUUUUCAUAAGUUUUUGUCACUUUGAUAGCCAAAGCUGACACGUGAGACUCCUACAUGUACUUGACGUGUGUACCAACUCACUGUACAUAGCUGUGGAAGGGAUUUUGAACUAGAUAGCUGAGCUUCUAAUUGUACAAUGAAUGAAUUCAAAUUAAACAUUUGGACAAUAAAUUUGAAAGAGAAGAGAAUGUGGACAGAGCUUUGUAAUCAUUUCAGUCUUCUGUGAAUUAGUCUUAAAGUACUGCUACAGUAGUACGACAGCACGAUAGAUCCGUCACCGUUGAACCUAUAAAUAGGAAAUUAAACUGCUUUAUUUGAUUUAA